AGGCAGAAACGUUCUCGCGUGAUCAAACGUAUCCCCGAGAUGCUACCGAUUUAAUAAGAGAACGUUCGCUCGAACGAAAGAGAUUCGCUUUGCAGUCGAGAACUUUGACGAUAUAAUUCUUUGAACGAUCGUGAUAACGCGUACGUGAUGUUUGUCACUGAUCGAAAUGUUAAACGUUAAAUAUGUUUAGGCCUGCCACGUCAAAAUGUCAGUGAAAAAGAGCAAACGAACAAAGUAAACAAAAAUAUCGUUCCGGAAUAUUCCGAACAAUUUAGAAAACGUACUAUUUCAAUGAUCGAGCUUCUUGAAAUUCGUCCAACUGUCUGUCACGAAAGCGGGUUCGUUCCUUUUUAGUUACGCAAGCUCGAAUCGUUUUAUACGAAAUCUCUAUCUCGAAAAUUCGAACCGACAGCCCAACAUUCGGCACUGUAUCCUAAAUUUAAAUGAAAUUAUCGCGUCGAUUAAUCGGGACAAAGUGUAAUCCUUCGUUUAAAAUAUCUGUCUCGAUUCGGAGAUUUUCCAUUCUUGGAAUCACCUUGGACGGAACGCUAUACGUUGAAUCUGCUGUUUUCGUAAAUGAAUAUUGUUCGAAAUUUACGCGCAACCCGUUUCUAUGAUCUAACGAACGUGGUGUAAAUGUUUUAUAAGAGGAACUUGAUUUGGUGCGAUUCAAAGGACGCGCUAGCGGCACACUUGGUCACGUGACAGUGGUUCUUAUUGACCGACGUGUAUCGAAACUCUGAUUGGUUGGGAAGCCACACGUGACCCGUUUUAACGUCAACUUUGACUACCGUCUGCUGGUAGUCGGGUGGAUUUCUCAGUAAACCAUCUAAGAACAAAGAAUUCGCAUUUUGCUCGAGUUACGAGUGUAUUUUGUUAGAUGGAUCGUAUCGUUCAGCGAACUAAAACUUGUACUCGUUAGUCGUAAUCUUUGGUACGCGUUCUGUGCGGUGAACUUGUCCUGUUCGAACUGAUAGCCCGGCUUCGAAUCCUUGACAGUUCCUUACCAUUUCGAGGCAGUGACGGUUCUGCCGUGGAGCCGUUAACAUUUCGUUCGAGCGCGUUUUGAUCGCGAUCUUCGAUUCGUUUUGAUCAAAAGCGUUCGAUUUCGUCAAUCUUGUGAGGUGUCGUUGCGAAACGAUAUCUCGAUAUGGUUAAGUAAAUUUUCAAACUCGGUAUAUCUGGAUUUCACCUCGGAAUAUCUCUCGAGAGAUACGUCCCUUUAUUCUCGCGGUAACUUUGAAAUAUUUUAUUACACUUUCGCCGUUGCAACGCGGUGAAAUUUGUCGAAAAUAUAUUUGGGAAGUGGUUGUACCAUACGUGAAUUUAAGAUGUACAGUAUGAACUACAUUGGCAAGUUUAUAAGUAAUUUUCGUGAUUUCUAUAAUGAAAUCAACGCAGCGACGCUCACCGGUGCUAUCGAUGUCGUCGUUGUUGAACAACCGGAUGGAUCAUUUACUUGUUCACCCUUUCACGUUCGCUUUGGGAAACUCGGUGUUCUACGAUCUAGAGAAAAAAUUGUGGACAUAGAAAUAAAUGGAGAACCUAGACAAAUUCACAUGAAAUUGGGAGAUUCGGGAGAAGCUUUCUUCGUCGAAGAAGUCAGUUCCGAUGGCUCUCCAACCGAUACAGAAAUUCCACCGCAUUUGGCUUGUUCACCCAUUCCUGAUGACAACUGUUUUCCACCAUCUAGAUUCAAUCUUCUUUCCGACCUACCUCCCGAACAAAGGGACAAGAUUCUCAUAGAAUCUGUUUUAUCUAUAGAAAGAGAAAAAUGGGAACAAAUGUCGGCUUUGCCAGCAGAUCAAAGAGAGAAAUUUUUAAUCGAGCAGUUUUCUGAUCUUCCUGCAGAGCAUCGUGCAAAAUGGCUUCAAAUUGCAUCAUUAACUCCUGAAGAGAGAGAAGAAAUGUUUAAAGAACAUUUCGACGAUGUAUCUACGCUACAAAAGCAGCAAAUGAUAUGCGAACAAUACUCUGCUCUUAAAAGCGAGGAAAGAGAGAGAUUAUUCAAAGAAAAUUUUCCUGAACUACCUGCGGACCAAAGGCAAAAAUUUGAAAAAGCUCUGUUAAGAGAUUGGAAUACCAAAGGAGAAAAACAUGAUACCCUAAAGAACGAAGAAGAAAUCUUUGAUAUGGAUGGUAUUAAUGACGAUGAAACAUCUCCAACUCCGUCAACUCCAAAGUCCUUUGUGGCUGUAACUUCGACCGCGAGAAUUCGCAAAAUUAGCGUAGUGAAGAAUGAUUUUAGGCCAAUCAUAGAAGACGUGCAAAGCAGCGGUAAAGAAAAGUCGAGUGACGAAUCGAAUGUACCGACAAAUAAAAAAAAUUCAAAAGAUGAAAAUGUCGAUGAAAGUAAGAAUAACAGUUCGGCGAAGAGGAAACGAAAGAGGAAAAGUAUCAUGAAGAAGAAGGGAUCUCAAAGAAAAACUAGCAACGGUAGCAGUAGUCAAACAGAAAUGAGCGAGAACGAUGCAUCGAUUCCGGAUGAAUCUCUCAGCGAAUCUAUGUUAAAGGAAUCCAGUCCAGUUGGAGAGUUAGAAAAAAAAAAUGCUUCUGCCGAACCAGUGGAGAUCUCGCUACAAGAAACUACAGAAAAACGGCCGGAAACGGAUUUUCAUUUCUUCAGUGAUACCGAAGUUACGAAGAAUCAGGAUUCUAGGCCAUGCUCACCCGUUCAGUCUGACACAGAAUUUGAGAUGCGAAAAAUUACUCAAGAAGGCGCGGAACGAGAAGAAGAGAAAAGUCAUCAACAAAGCUGGAGAUGGGGUGAACUACCAAGUUUACCUCCAGAAUCAACGCAUCCGUCUCAUAGGAGUUCAAUGAGUUCAUCGAGCGCAGUAAAUCAGCCAAAUAACACGGAAGCACAUCGAUCUAUGCUUAGCGGUAUGUUCUCGUUUAUGAAGAAAACUUCUCGCGUCAGACACAAUCCAGAGUCGGAAGGAAUUUAUCUUAGCGACCUUAAUGCCGACGAACUGGAUCCAGAAGUUGCAGCUCUCUACUUUCCUUCUUCUCAUAGAGGCUCAACAGCCGUGAAGGAUCGUAAAGGAGUAGACGAAGAAGAUACCGAAUCUGGUAAUGGUCCGAGCUUACCUCAAAGUCCAAACAGUGUCGAGGGUGCCAUUGGUGGACCAAAGUCGCUAGACAGUGAUUUCGAAGAACCAAAACAUUCUAUAUUCGAUAACAACAUGGAUAUCAGUUUAUCCUUAUGCGGUGGUUUAGAUUCUGAAACUGGUCCAUCUAAAGAGGCUUUUCGUCAAAAUUUACUUCAUUUCGAAGAUAUUUGUUCCGAUCCAAAAUUAUACGAAAAUCCAAAUUUAGUAGUAAAAAUUAAUGGAAAGUACUACAAUUGGACUACCGCUUGUCCAAUAGUGAUGACGUAUGCUGUUUUUCAAAGACAUUUACCACAAGGUACAAUUGAAAAUUUGUAUGCACAAUGCAUGCCGUUACCUUUAAUGCACGAAGAAAAAAAGCAGGAAAAUAUUGGCAAGCCUGAAGGUCGUAGUGGUUAUAGUUCAUGGUUUUCAUGGAGACGUUCCACGCAACCGCCUAAAAAAUCUCAGGAGCUUAAUCAGACUGAUGGAACCACUGUACAAACUUCAGAACAAUUGAUCGAUACGAAAGAGAACACACCAAUAGAUGAAACGCCAAUUAGAGAAACUAAGACUGAUCAGAACACAGAAGCUACAGCUAUUACGGAAACGAUAGUACAACGUCAAAAAUUAACGAAGGAUAUGUCCAAACCUGAGAAAAACCACGAAAGGGAAGGUGAAGGCUACAGUGGUAGCGAGGAUUCCGAUAGCAAUCAGAAUGAAUCGCAAGGAGUUAAAAUACCAAAAGAAAGGAGAUCGUACUACGAAUCUACUGAAAAAUAUCGUAAAACCUUAAGAUUGUCAUCUACUCAAAUAGCAAGUCUUAAUUUGAAAGACGGAGCUAACGAAGUUGUUUUUAGCGUGACGACAGCUUAUCAAGGCACGACUCGUUGUAAAUGUCAUAUUUACAAAUGGAGAUGGGAUGACAAAAUUGUUAUUUCCGAUAUAGACGGAACAAUUACGAAAUCUGACGUAUUGGGUCACAUUCUACCGAUUGUUGGUAAAGAUUGGGCUCAGUCAGGUGUUGCUCAGUUAUUUACAAAAAUUAAAAAUAACGGCUAUAAACUGCUUUAUUUAUCCGCAAGAGCGAUUGGACAAGCUAAAGUUACGAGAGAGUACCUGAAAAGUAUUAGACAGGGAGAUUUAUCGCUUCCCGAAGGACCGUUGCUUCUAAAUCCAACGAGUUUAAUUUCAGCAUUUCAUCGUGAAGUCAUUGAAAAGAAACCCGAAGAAUUUAAGAUAUCGUGUCUCAGUGAUAUUCAAGCUUUAUUCCCGGAAGGUUCGAAGCCCUUCUACGCUGGUUACGGCAACCGAAUUAAUGAUGUUUGGGCAUAUCGAGCUGUAGGAAUUCCUACUAUGCGCAUAUUUACUAUAAACCAUAGGGGAGAAUUGAAACACGAAUUGACACAGACAUUCCAGUCAUCAUACUCAAACAUGAGCUUUAUCGUCGAUCAUCUUUUCCCAGCUUGGAGAGAAGACGCAGCGGACGAAUUUAGUCAUUUCGCGUAUUGGCGGGAUCCAAUACCGGAAGUACCGCCACUCGAAGAGCUUUAUACUCAGAAGCAAAUUAUUUAGGCAGAAAUGCGCGCUUUUUACGUUAAACUAGAAUAGUAUUUUACUCGUAAUUCGAUAACGAUCGUUCGUAUUUAAUCACCUUUUAUACUCUGUGUGGUAAUCGAUCAUAGUGUUCUUGACUAAUGCGACUUGUAAUCGUUUCUAUAUACUGGAUAAUCGUAUCCUCCUUAGAGAUCAAAAACCAACAAACAACAACAUACAGUUGCAUAAACAAUACCUUUUUUCAAUGACACGAGAUGAUUAAUGGAUGAUCUAUAAGCAAAACAUCGAUCCACAAUUGAAUUUACACAUUCCACUCGUAUUAGAGUAGAACGAUGAUAGUAGUUACCAGCAACGCUAAAUUGGGAUUAAGUAUAAGUUACAAUGAAAUAAUUACGUCGGCGAAAAAACACAAUACGUGCUCCUUAACUGUAAAAGGAGAGAAAAAAGUUGGUUGUAUCAGUCGCAAGCUUGACAAAGACUAAAACGAACUGCUUACAUGCCGUGAUCAAAAAGCAAUGCACGCGUUUUUUCGUAAGGUACUAUCCAUUAAAUGAAUAACCGAAGAAAGUUUACGCGUAAAGUGAUUCAUUGAUGCGUUUAACAAAAGAGGUUCAUUAUGCCAGAGAGUUUUGCUUAUUAGUCGAACAUAAUAUAGUUUAAUACGUGUAACGUAUUGCUGUUUAUUCCUGUAAACUUUCAUUUUAUUUAAAACUUCUAAUAAUCCGUUAAUCAUAAUCGUAAUUGUAAUCACUCUAGUACGCGAAAAUGUAAGGUAUUAUAAUAUAAUUUAAAUCUUUAUGUUAGAUUACUUUUAUGGAAUAUUUAGUUAAAGAAAUGUUUAUUUAUUUUUUUACAAGAUCUCUCCAUUGAAUUAGUGUGCUGUGAGAUUGCCAUAUCCUAGAAUAUGUAAUCAUUUAUGUAUUGUGAUAUUUCGAACAAACUACUAUUUCCUUAACAGUCAGGACGAUCACAGUGUAUAAGACGAGUUCGUGCGAAGCACGAUCAACGGAUAUUUCUAUAGGUUUUUUUCUGUCGAUAUCACUCUGACUUCUCUAUACAGUGCAUAUAUCUUUAGUAAUGUAAACGUAUCGUUAAAUUGAUUUUAACGUUUGUAUAUGACUUCGAUGUCUUUCAAAGUGCAUCACCUGAAGGUACGUGCUAACGAAGUAGAUUAGGUUAUUAUUCUUUUCGUUACGAAACUGUCGUGAUAAAAUUUAGGAGGAAGCCAGUUUUUUAAAACAUCUCUUAUAAUUCGUAUCGCCGACAGAGCGAAAGUACAACUAUUUUCGACCAAAGAAAAUAGGAUUGCAAAGUAUGUUAUGAGUUUUAAAUAAACAUCAACGAUUCGUAUUCAGAAUGCGCUGUUAUGAAUAGAACUUAAGAACUUUUAUUAUUUCGAGUAAUUAUUUGUAAGAAAGAAUAUCGAUAUCUCGACAUCAAUUUGUUGCUAUUCGCUACUAAGAGUGCUAGAGAUGCAGGUUAUUUGAUGGUACAGUAUUGUAUUCUAAUUACGUGUUGACAAUUUUUGCUCAAUGCAAAAACGAUUCUUGAUGAUUUAUUUCGUUAUGCAAAACAUUAGGAUAAACAAACUAAGCAAUGCACGACUAAUAUCCUUGGAUUAAGACAUAAGGUAGUAAUAAUUAUUAUUGCUGUUGUUAAUAUUGUCAUGACAUUAUUCUAUGAAUAUUAACAACAAUAAUAAUUAUACGUAUCGCAUCCAUUCUAUAAUACGUAAUAACCAACCGGCACGAACGUAUGGAUGUGCGAAUUAUGAGGUUUAAUUUUGGGUAGUAUUUUUUAUUUCUGUUAUUAAGUAUGUUACUCUUGGUACAAAUAAAUUAAAAUUUAUUUAUAAUUUCGUUCAUAGGAUACUUUGUAAGAUAAUUUUGUAUGUAUUUACGUAGGCGGUAUUUUCAAAUUGUUAUGUAUUAACGAAUUUUUAAUCAAAGAAGUAACAACAAUGAAAUUGCACCCGAUUGUACGUGUUCUAUCUAUAUCAACUCGUAAUAUUUCAAAGCAUUCCGUAGUAAUUAUUGCAAAUUAAGACCUGAAAUGCUUUCUCGCAAUAAAAAUAAAUACUGCAUGAUCGAGUUAAAACGUUUACAAAAUAAAUACAACUUUAAACAAUA